UCAUUCUGCACUGACUUAAAAUGUCACAAAAGGAAGCACAAAAUAUGCAACUUAUUCAGGAACUGGAGAUCGAAAUGAUGGCUGAUAUGUACAACCGUUUAACGGCUGCAUGCCACAAGAAAUGUAUUCCACCGGUUUACAAUGACGCCGAAAUUGCCAAAGGCGAAGCAGUUUGUAUUGACAGGUGCGUUGCAAAGUUUUUGGAUAUUCACGAGAGAAUAGGGAAGAAAUUGGGACAGUUGUCUAUGCAAGACGAGACGUUACUGAAGAAGUAGUGGAUCAGUUCGAUUAGUAUUUUGUAGAUUUGUGUUUAUAUCGUUGUCAUUGUGACUUCAAAUGUAAUAAAUUGUUAUUAGUUUUUA